AUGGAUCGAGAGGACAAGUUUCAGGCAUUGAACCGUCUGGUGACGCAACAGCAGGCGCAACAGCCGCAACCAACACAACAACAGCAACCAUCAACAGGAGGAAAUGAUCGACAAUUGUACAGUCCAACCCCCAAAGAGCUCGCGUACGCGUUGCAUAUAAUGGAAAACAGUUUUGCCAGUUCCCUGCAGCUGUACAAUCAGACUCAACAUGCGCAGAUUAGCAUUACGGGUCAAGAUGCCGUUGCUUUUUUGACGACCUCGGGGAUCCAUCGCUUGAUUUUGCGCAUCUUGUGGACGGUGGUGGAUCCCAACAACACGGGCACUCUGGUAGAUUUGGCUCAAUUUCAUACCAUUAUUCGAUUGGUGGCUCUGACACAGGCAGGUCAUGUCGAACCAGAAUUGUUGGCCGUGGGGACCAUGCCGCCUCCCAAGCCCACGCCGGUUCAAGUCAUUUGGUCGAUCCUCAACAAAACACGGGGGACCAUGGUCCCGUUGGCGAAAUUCGAUGCCAUACAAAUGCCUUCACAACAGGUAUUGCAACAACUCUACAUGAUACAUCAGCGACAGGCGCAAGCUGCUGGACGAACCGUGGCAGUAGCACCACCACAACGGCCUCAUUCCGUGUCUCCCGUGCCGAAUAAUUGGCCGCAACAACAGCCGCCACAACAACAGCCACAAGGAAUGGCAUCCUUUGAUGCACUCGCUGGAGGGUCUCUAGACCAACCAUUACCCAGCCUUGGCACAACAACAGCGGAAACAGCAGCACAACCAGCUAUUUCCUUUCCAGUUGCUGCCGCCACGGCUAGUUCCAUAAAAUCCGCCGCUGCCAGUGCCUUUGGUGGAUUUCUCAAUCGAGCCGUGGGAGCUCUGCAACCUCCCAAUACUGGACUACCACCAUUCCAACCUGGAAAUACGGCCCUUGGUUUGGGGCCACCAGUGAAAUCGACGGGCGAAUUUGAUCCUGUAGAUGACGAAUUGAGCAACAGCGCCAAUCAAUUUGGGGGGUUCCAGAGUACGACUAGUAGUAGCACCCCUGCUGCGACUGGAAUGGCAGCUCUGGACGCUCUUGGAAGUACCACGGAUGCGCCCCUGCCGGGAUUGCCUCCCCCGCAACCACUUGCUGCUGCUCCCCCUGUGAUAGCGGCCCUGGAUGCUCUUGGUGGCCCCAUGGAGAAUGCACCCUUGCCAUCCAUGACUGCCACAACAACAGCACCUCAACAAGAUGAUUUUGGAGGCUUUUCUGACGCAACCCCUGUCACCCAGGGCUUGGGAGCCCUCGAUACCUUCGGUGGGCCUACAGAAAAUGCACCCUUGCCAUCCAUGACCGCCACAACAGCACUUCAACAGCAACAGCAGCCUGCCAGUCAAGAAGAAUUUGGUGGAUUCACGGCAUCCAACGCAGCAUCCUCUUUGCCUUCCCCUCGUGGCUUGGCUGCUCUGGAUACUUUAGGACCAGUCAAGAAUGCCCCAUUGCCAACAUUGGGCACCGUAGGAGGUGGGGUGCAGCAGCCGCCACCGGUGACCGUGAGUGGCGGUUUUGGUGGCUUCCAUGAAACUGCUCCUGCUAUGGGAUUGUCAGCUCUGGAUUCUCUGGGAGCUGCUACGGAUGCACCAUUGCCAGCCUUGGGGCAGCCUACACCCGCUGCUGCUCAAGAGGCAGAUGAAUUUGGUGGGUUUGCAGAAGCAGCACCCCAACAAGAAGAGCAAGCUGCUGGUGGCUUUGGUGGAUUUUCAGAUGCUUCACCCCAACAGCAAGUCAUGGGCAUUGCAGCUCUGGACUCUCUGGGUGCUGCCGCGGAUGCACCAUUACCAGCCUUGGGGCAGCCUGCACCUGCAACCACUCAAGAGGCAGAUGAAUUUGGGGGGUUUGCAGAAGCAGCACCCCAACAAGGAGCACAAGGAUCUGCUGAUGGUUUUGGUGGAUUUGGAGAGGCCCCACCCCAACAGCAAGUCAUGGGCAUGGCAGCUUUCGGUUCUUUGGGAGCUGCCUCUGAUGCUCCAUUGCCGGCCUUGGGGCAGCCCACACCGGCUGCCACACAAGAGGAAGAUGAAUUUGGUGGGUUUGCAGAAGCAGUUCCCCAACAAGAAGAGCAAGCUGCUUCAAGUGGCUUUGGUGGAAUUGGAGGCAUUGCAGCAUUGGGUACUUUGCGUGGUGGUUCCACCAAUGCUCCACUGUCUUCUUUGGAGCAACCAAUGCCUACAACUCCUGCCGAUGACGAAUUUGGCGGUUUUGAGGAUGUUGCUAAGACCAACACAAAUCCUUUAGACGCGUUGGGGCCAACACAAAAUGCUCCUUUGCCACAGCUUGACGGUCAGCCUGCGCUACAAGGUGUCGAUUUUGGUGUCGUUUCCGGUGCUCCGGUUCAAGAGGGACGCUUUGACGACGAGGAGUUUGGAGGCUUCAGCGAUACGACUGCGCAGCCGCAGCAACAACCGUCCAGCGAUGUUGGUGGCAUGGCGGCAUUUGACGCCUUGGGUGGAGUGCAGGAUGUUCCUUUGCCAAGUCCGGGCAUGGGACAACCACAAUCCGAAAGAGUGUUGAGUAACGUGACACCUCCGCAACUGUCGUCCAUCCAACCAAGUGCCUCUUUUCCCGGGAUGGGCGCCGGCGGCAGUGAAAUGGGAAUGUCCGCUUUCGACACCAUUGGACCAGCUCAAGAUGCGCCACUUCCUAGUCUCGGAGCAUCGAGCGCAGCGACUUCGCAGGCCACAUCGGAAGACCUCGAUUUGGAAGUCGAGCAAUUUGUGACUGCUGGGACCUCAGGUUCCACAUCUGCGGAAGAUAACAACGAAAUGUCCUUCACGGAAGAGGGCAAACCGAAGCGCCGCAUCAGCAGAAGUCUGAAGCGUGGUUCCAGUAGAAGUCUUGUUUCUCCUGAGACUGUCCCAAAAGAUCUGAUGCCUAAUAUUUCCGGCGAGAAGUACGUACAGAAGGUGAGGCAGUCUAGCUUGCGGAAACUCCCCGAGCUCGAUCUGAACAUUGAUUUGGACGAGCUUGAAGACCCCUUUGCUGGGCUCGAUCCGGCUCCGGGGGUUGCUGUUGCCCCGAUGGAAUUGAACGAAUCGGCCUCUUUAGGACCAGCGGCAGAAAGCAUGCCAAAAGACCUUCAACCUCACAAGGAAGGGGAACACUACGUUCCACACAGCAAGCACAUGACAGAAACACCGGGAGGGUUGCAGACCUUAAUGGAACCGAACCAUGGUUUUGAAGACGAUGACUUUGGCGACUUCGAAGAAGCCGUCCCGAAAAGAAGAUCAUCGGUGCCCAGUCAAGACCCUGCGUCGGAACCAAAUCCGUUUGCCACGACCAUGCCGCGCGAUCUAUCUCCUCACGCUCCAGGGGAGCACUAUGUCCCUCAUGGUACCAACGUCGGCAAGACACCUGGAGGUCUUUCAACUGUUGGAGAAGGGAGCGAUGUGUCGAACCUUGGCAGCACAUCUACAGUUCCGUCGCAUCUAAACUCACAAACGAAACUUGCUUAUCCGGACGAUCCAAUGCCGAAUGAUUUGCGGCCUCACAUGCCAGGCGAACACUAUGUACCGCACGCUGCAAACGACAAGGCAACGCCGGGUGGACUCGCCACUGUUGGUGAGGCAUUUGGUGAGUUCGUGCAGGUCCAGGAUGCUCCCCUACCACGCAUGGGAGCAGCAGAAGAGUUUGGAGACUUCUCGGGCCCCAGUUCUGGCCUUCAAUCAAUGAUGCCACUUCCUACCCAGCUUUCAAGGCAGGCAACACCUGCAGCAAAGGAUUUGGAUCAUUUGACCAAGAAAGCAUCAGCUGCUCCCAUGGGUGAAAUGAUCCAAGAGGGCGAUGAAGAAGAUGAGGAGGACGAUGAUUUUGGAGAUUUCAAAACAUCAGAAUCACUUGGCUUGCCAGGUGGUUUUGAAAUUGCUCCUCCAACCCAAAUGAAGCGCCAAGCUACACCGCGCCCUCAAGAUCUUCAAGAUCUUCGUCCUGACCCACCUGCUUCAGAAAAAAGUCGGCCAGAUCCACCUGGCCAGUCAUCAGAGGCAGGCCUUGGCAUCAUCUCAGAGAGCCUUGAAGAAGUCACAUCCAAUCCAGUUGAUCACUUUGGGGCCUUCUCUGGUGCCAGUGUGGGCAUUCAAGCUAUGCCGCCCCCACCUACACAACUUUCCAGACAAGCUACACCUGCCGCUAAAGAUCUGGAACCAUUGACCAAGAAAGCAUCUGCUGUUCCCCCGGGCAGUGCCACAAUCCACGAGGACGAUGAGGACGACACGGAUUUUGGAGACUUUUCAGAUGCCACUCCCACUGCUGUGCCAACAAUGCCAAUGCCCACUCAGCUGUCAAGACAAGCGACUCCAGCAGCCAAAGACCUGGAUCCGCUGACUAAGAAAGGAGCAUCUGUAGGUGCCCUUGGUGGCAUGACAAUCCAAGAAGGCGAGGAAGAAGUUGAAGAAGAUGGUGAUGAAUUCACAGGUUUCGAAGGUGCGACCAUGACGCCUGGUCAAAUGGAUAUAGUUCCUCCUCCACAAAUGAAGCGGAAAGCCACACCACGUCCACAAGACAUUAAACCCAAUUUGCCCGGUACUGCAAGCGGGUCGUUGAGGCAACCUGGCCUUUCUGCUAUCGGUGAAAGCCAAGCAACAGCCGAAGAAUUCGAGUCUUCGCCAGCCUCUCCGGAUCCGUUUUCCGCUUUUGAUUCAUUGGCUGCCCCUCAGGCCGCCUUGCCAGUUUUGUCCUUGUUUGGUGCACCCGAUGAAGGCGAUGCUGCCGCGGCACCGCUGGACCUUUCUCGACAAGCGACUCCUGCUGUCCAGGAUCUCCAGAAGAUCACUCGCCAAACGCACGUACCGAGUAGCUCCGCGAUUGCCGAGGGCAACGAAGAGGAGGACGACUUCGGCGAUUUCGGUGCGGCGCGACCGAGCACCAUCUCUACUACCCCUAGCUUAGACGUGGUCGCCUUGCAGGCACAGACAAGCCUUGCACGUCAAACAUCAGGCGACGUUUCAAUCGGUCGACUUGGGUUGAGGUCCACUACAAGUCUCCUCAUGGAUGAAUCCGACGACGACGAGGAGGAGGAGGCCCAAGAAAUUCGCUCUCAUCGCAACGCUGGAUCUGUCUCCAGGGCUGAAGGGCACUCUCAUCUCAAUCUCGCAGAGAGGUCAUGGAGUCCCAUGGCUAAUGUACCAGAUGAAAUUGGGACAACAAAGAUGGUCGAGAACGUCAGCGGCUUUGGUGAUUUUGGCUUCUCUUCUUCUUCGGAUGUUGCGCCCUCACACUUGUCGCGACAGGCCACACCAGCUGUAAAAGACCUCGAACCUUAUACGAAGAAGACGACUGCCGUCGCAAGUCCAGCAAUCGUCGAAGAGAACGAUAACGAAGAUGAUGAUGAAUUUGGCAAUUUUGCUGCGGCAAGUGCUGGUGGGACAGUUGCACCACCACCAGCUCAAUUGUCAAGGCAAGCUACACCAGCCGCCAAGGACCUUGCCCCGCUUACUCAGAAGGCAUCCGCAGCCCCGACGCCCGGUACCAUCGUCGAAGAAGGAGACGAAGAAGAGGAAACUGAUGGUUUCGGUGACUUCGUCAUGCCUGGGACGACACAAAUUGCCCCUCCGACUCAAAUGAAGCGACAGGCGACUCCGAUGCCACAGGAUCUCCGUCCUGAUUUUCCCACUCCAAAAAGUGAAACGCAAGGUCUGGGUGCAAUCGGAGAAGAUUUGGGUGAAACCACGAGUGAUUUCCAAGCAUCGGGUGUGUUGCCACGGCCCCAGUUAUCUCGACAAGCGACGCCGGCGGUGCAAGACCUGAAGCCACUCACUCAAAAGUCAUCGCCUGGUGCCUUGGCUAGCAGUGAUGUCAUUUUGGAGGAAGACGAUGCAGAGGAUUUCGGCGACUUCAGCGACGGCGCAACCAAUCCUCCACCACCGCCUCCAGCACAACUAUCGAGGCAAGCCACUCCUGCAGCGAAAGAUCUGGCCCCGUUAACUAAGAAGGCGGCCUCGGGAGGUGCUCUUGAAGGCAAGGCAAUCCAGGAAUGGGACGAGGAAGAAGGAGAAGAUGAAUUUGGGGACUUCGGCGAUUUCACCGGUUUCCAGGAAGGCGACAAAUUGUCUGAUAUGCCGGUUCCGCAGAAGGAUACUCCACAGCCUCAGGAUUUGAGCAGUCAAGAGCUUGCAGAAUCAAAGCAAUCGCAAAACCCCAACUUUGGGUCCACCGGAGAAGCAGCAGAAGGGGCCAUCACCGAGGAAGCGAACGAUUCGUUUGGUGACUUUGGAAGUUUUGAACAAGCGGAGGAACCGAAAACAGUCGCUCCCAAAGACGAUAUUGGUGGUUUUUCUGCUUUUGCCGAAGCACCAGCUCCUCCGCUAGCGGACGAACCGACAACGGGCACCCCCAAAGACGACUUUGGUGGUUUUUCUGCUUUUGCCGAAGCGCCCGCUCCACCGCCAGCGGAGGAACCGAAAACGGACUCUCCCAAAGGCGACUUUGGUGGUUUUUCUGCUUUUGCCGAAGCACCCGCUCCACCUCCAGCAGAUGAAGACUUUGGGGACUUCGGGGAUUUUUCAACAGCCGCUCCAGCUUCGUCUCCCGACCCGUUUGCAGCGACUUCGCCAAGUGGGGGUGCAGCUGAGUGGGACGCUUUUCAAGAUGCUCCGAGUAGUGCUGCUGACGUUGCCCGCAGCUCCACAGCUGAUGAUAACCUGCGGGCGAGCGUGGUGACUCUGUCAACUCAGCUGCCUCCGGCUUUUCAGAAGUCACUGGAUUAUGGCAAACUAUUUGAUGGACGUAUUGGAAGCCCAGCAGCGAUGACAGCAGAAAACAGGAAUCGAGCCGAGCGUGCAGUUCAGGUUUUGUCAUUGCUAUCAGGUGCUCACAAGAGUUUGGCUUCCACUUACUGGGAUCAAUCGAUCGACGUCGUCCACAAUGAGCUCUCUUUGGGAAUGCGCCUGUUAGAGGAGGCAGCUAGUCUUUCGAGCCAAGAGCUUCAAAUGGCAAAACAACCCGUGGAGACCAUGGUGAGCGGAAUGGGCGAGUACGUUCGAGCAACGCGAUCCAUUGUUGCGUCGAUUGGUGACAUGUUACUGCUUGACUUAUCGACGCCCUUCGCAGAGGCAACAUUUGACUCAGCGUGGGGAUCAAUCCCGCUGCUCAAGAGAGCUUUGGACGUGGAAACCCUGUGGAAGGGAAUCAUUGAUAAGUCCGCGUCGCUAGGUUUGGUCCCUACAACACAACUGGAAACUGUGAUGGAAAUUCGGGCGAAGUGUUUGAGGCGCUUCCCUUCGACGACAGUAUGUCAGCUGUCGUUGCAACCUCUUUCAGACGAAGACAGGCAAACCACCAAGGCAUCGGUGGACUGGGGCGGCAAGCCUUUCAUGGCUUGUUCUGCCAAUUUCUUGGCCAACAAAUGCCCUUUCUAUCAGCAGUAG